AUGGUAAAAGUCCACGAAUUGCCUAUCACUGAAGAUAAGGAUAACAACCAGAAAACACUUGUGAGUUUUGAGUUGCAGGGCCUCAGGUUGCAUAGGAUAGAAACCCAGAAGAGGUGCCUGCUGGCUGAGCACUGCGUGUGCAUCCAUCUGGAGGCUCUGGCCACAGAGGAGCCCGGCCCUGUCCAGCAGCUGGAUGUGGCAACCCUGCCAGCAGAAGGUACCAGAGGACGUUAUGAAUGUAAGGAAUGUGGCAAAGCCUUUCAUUGGUCCUCAGCCCUCACUGCACAUAUGCGAACUCACUGUGGAGAGAGACCUUACGAAUGUAAGGAAUGUGGCAAAGCCUUUUGUCACUCAUCAGACCUCACUGUACAUAUUAGAACUCACAGUGGUGAGAGACCUUAUGAAUGUAAGAAAUGUGGCAAAGCUUUUAGUAAGUCCUCACACCUCAGUUCACAUACAAGAACUCACAGUCAUCAGAGGCCUUAUGAAUGUAAGGCAUGUGGCAAAACCUUUAGUCACUCCUCAAACCUCACUAAACACGUAAGAACUCACAGUGGAGAGAGGCCUUAUGAAUGUAAGGAAUGUGGCAAAGCCUUUAGUGUUUCCUCGAACCUCACUAAACAUAUGAGAACUCACUGUGGAGAGAAACCUUAUAAAUGUGUGGAAUGUGGCAAAGCCUUUUGUCACUCCUCAGACCUCACUAUACAUAUGAGAACUCACGGUGGUGAAAGGUCUUAUGAAUGUAAGGAAUGUGGCAAAGCUUUUAGUUACUCCUCACAGCUCACUUCACAUAUAAGAACUGAUAGUGGUGAGAGGCCUUAUGAAUGUAAGGAAUGUGGCAAAACCUUUUGUCACUUCUCAGUCCUCACUAAACGUGAAAAUUCACAGUGAUGAGAGGCCUUAUGAAUGUAAGAAAUGUGGCAAAGCCUUUCGUCAGUCCUUACACCUCACUACACAUAUAAGAAUUC